AUGGAUCGCCUGCGCGCAGAGCUGCAGAGCGGCUACCGCGACGUCGAAGAGGCUGCGCAGUCGCUCGUGGCGGCUGCCGAGACGGCUUGGCUGCGACAGGUGGCGGCGUGGAUCUUUUACGGCCGGCUGCCGAGCGGCGGCGGCAGCGGUGACGACGACUUUUUUGUGCGCCCCGCCGACGGCCCGGACGAGGACUACGUAUCCGUCGCCGACCUGCUCCCGGCGUUUGUCACGCCGGCGACGGCGCGCUCGAUGCUCUUCAUCGGCCGCUCGCUCAACCAGAUCCGCGCGCGCAGCGGCGCCAGCGGCACGACGCUGUCGACGACGAGCGGCUUCCACAACACGGCCGCCAAGCUGCAGGCCAUUGCCGACCUCGCGUCGCCGCUCAGCGCGGCCAGCUUCACCGGCACGAUACGCGACAUCCGGCAGUCGCUCUCGCAGGACAUCCUCGAGCAGAUCCUGCCGCUGUCCGAGGUCAUGUCCACCAUGCAGCUGCUGCGCGAGUUCUUCCUGCUCGGCCGCGGCGAGUUCGCCAUGGCGCUCACGCACGAGGCCGACGAGCGCAUCCGCGGCCGCUGGCGGCGCGCGGGGAACCUCGCCGCCGCCGCGCAACCCCCCGACAAGGACGACGCCGUCCGAAACGUCACGGUCAAGAGCGGCGAGGUCUCGGCCGCGCUCGCCCGCGCCUGGGCGUCGCUGUCCUCGCUUGAGCAGCGCCGCCACCCGUCGUCGUCGGGCGACCACGACGGCGACGCGCUUCUCGACCGCGCGCGCGACCUCCUCCGGUUGCAGCUCGUCAAGGCCCGACCCGACAGCAGCAGCCCCCCCCUCGCGCGUCCCGGGCUGAGCGCGGCGGCCGUCGCGCGGCUCGCCGACGCGCCCUUCCACGCGCUGCUCUUUUCCGUGCCCGUCGUGCUCGCCAUGCGGCUGCCGCCGGCCGUCGACAUGGUGCUCGGCCCGUCCGACAUGCAGCUGUACGGCUGCGCGCACGCGUACCUCGUCGCGCUGCGCCGCGCGCACAUUCGCCUCACCGGCCUGUGGAAGCUGACGUCGCUGCGCCGGCACUACCCGGGCCCGCGCGGCGCCGGCGCGCACGCGCAGGAGCUGCGCCAGCGCUGGUCCGCCCGCGCCCAGGUCCUGCGCGGCACAUGGACCGCCGCCAGCGCCGCCGUCUUCUUCCUCGGCGAGACCGAGGCCUACUUCCAGACCGAGGUCGUGGCCGGCUCGUGGCGCGGCUUCCGCGCCUGGCUCACGGGUGACUCUGCCCAGCAGGAUACUACUGCUCCUCCGCCGCCCGACGACAUGGACAUGAGCGACGAUGACGACAUUACCACAACGCCUGCUCCUCCCCGGCACGCGCGUCACGACCAGCAGACGCUCGCCACCGGGCACGCCGUGUACCUCGAUACGCUGGUGCACCGGCUGCUGCUGACGCAGGACGCGUACACGCGGCCGCUGCACGCGCUGCUGGUGCAGAUGGACCACCUCGUGACGCACGCGCACCGGCUGCACGGCAUCUUCACGUCGCGCGACCUCGAGACCGACGCCGGCGUCGUCGACGCCUUCACCGACCUCGCUGCCGAGGAGGCCCAGGUGCUGCGGCAGCUGCGCGCCGUGGCGGCCUCUGUGCGCGCUGGCAUGGACCACGUCGUCGCCGCGCUCGAGCGGCUCAGCGUCGACGAGGCCUUCCUGCAGACGUGGGAGGGCGAGACAGCUGUCGCCGCGCAGAUGGAGGACUUGGCGCCGGGGGAAGCGUACCGCCCGGCGAGGGUGGGCGGUCUCAACAGGCUGCUGAUGCAGCUCAAGUUUGGUAGUUAG